AUGCUGGGGAGAAAAGAGUGUUUGAACCAUCGGCGCCAACUUCAACGACCAGCUCCGCCUUUCACCCGAAUCACAUGCCGGUUCAGCAGUGGCAGCGGGAUAGGGAAAAAUCCUAGUCCUGGCAGCAGGCCGAAAAAACAACCCUCCACCUCCUCCUCCCCAACUCCCUCCUCCCCUUCCUCCCCACAACAAGCUAAGGCUCUCCCACCCCCACUCGCCUCCUUCCCCUGGGCUCCCCUUCUCUCAUCUAUCCUCGCACGCUUCCACUCCCUGCUCUCCGUCUCCUUCUCCCUCCUCCUCCUGCCCUACCUCCUCUCCUCAUCCCUAGGAGAACUCGCCUUUGCUCUCAGGCAGCAGCAGGUGCUGCUGGCGGGGGCAACGGCGCUCACAGGUUGUCUGGGCUGCUAUUGGCUGAUGGAGCAAGCAGGGAAGGAGCUGGGCGGGCUGAUGAAGGGAGAAGGUGCUGUUGGCAAGGUUCUUGCACUUGUUGUCCAGCUCUGCCAAACCUCGCCCGCGAGCUCCGCCACCAGGCAGUUCGUGCAGCGCAACUACGCGGACCUGAAGCAGCAGAACCCGCACCUGCCCAUCCUCAUACGCGAGUGCAGCGGCGUGCAGCCGCGCAUCACCGCGCGCUAUGACUAUGGAGUGGAGCACAGCAUGGCACUGGAAGGCCUGUCUGAGGAGCAGAUAGAUGGCAAGCUCAAGGAGUUGCUGGACCUGGGCAAGAUGGCCGCAGCAGAUGCAGCAGCAGCCAAGCAGUAA